AUGUGCAUUUCUAGCGAGUUCUUUGCGUGGACAGCUCUCUUCAUAACAGUGACCAUUGCUAUCAUCGGAGGAAAUAUCAUCACCAUUAUUGUCUUCUGGAAAUUGAGAUCCGUUCUAAAAAGAACUUAUUACCUUUUGAUAAACCUUGCGAUCGCCGAUUUAAUUGUUGGUUUUGGAGGGGCUGUAUUCACAAGUACGAGCAUUUUGAAGCUUAACAGUACAGAAGAAAGUCCAGCGUCUACAAUUGCUAGGUUCUUACGAAUGGAUGUUUUCUCUGGUACCGCGUCUUUGACGACUUUGUUAUUUAUCGCCGGAGAAAGAUUUUUGGCAAUUGCUUUCCCUUUUCUUCACAAGGUAAUCACAACACGUUUCUACAUGAAGUGCAUCGCUGUGGUGUGGAUUACUUCUUUUCUUAUGACCGGAAUCAUUUUCUCGUCAGGCAUAUUUCCUACUUCUUUUUGCCGCACCAUUUCCCGAGGAAUCCUCGGUUACUUUACGAUCGUCUGCUUGAUCGCCAUAAGCGCUUUAUACACCGCGAUAUGGGUGGUCUUCAGAAAGGUGAAUGUUCGAAUACCUCGAAAUAGACGAGAUCAGAACAAGAGACUUGCUAAAACCUUGGCUAUUGUGACACUUACAUCUCUCAUUGGUUGGAUUCCCCUUUCAGUACACACCGUCACUCCUUUCUCUAAAAUAGAUGGAAACUGCUUCUUAUCCGGACCACGUAUCAUUGCACCUUUCCUUCAAAUGGCAAACUCUGUUAUCAAUCCAUUAGUGUAUUGUUAUCGCAUGUCUGAAUUUCGCGCAGUUCUUAAACAAAACUUUCCAACGUGCAGAAACUCCAUCGGAAGAUUCCGAGGCAGCUAUGAAUGUACCUAA